UGCCUCGAAGCUUGGUAUUCAGCAGCUAUUGUCUCAUUCAUACCCAACAUAGUUUGCGGAAGAACUAUUAUACAAGACAGGAAUUGUAAAUGCCUACACGUGCUUUGCGUGUGAUUACAUCGUUGCAUAAACCCUGAAAAAAAGUUAGUUUAAAUACGCAAAUAUACCAACUUAUGUCAAUAAAUAUUGUGUAACACAUCUGCAAUGACCAUUUGCCCUACGAUUACGUACACAUCUGACAACAGAUCAUCAAUUCUCGUCUCUAAAUACAUGACUUUCGCAAACCCACCAGAUGACUCUUUCAGAACAGUUAGCACCAAACGCAAGGCCAAAGACGGAGGUGCGUGCCCUUUUCAUCUCAGCUAUACCGGUGGUGAACGGGUUGUUAUGCUUAAGGUAGCUGACCGAAACCCCAAACAAUUCGGGUGUAGUCUAUAGUCGGUAGUCACUAUCGCGACGAAAGCGGAUGCACGCAAGCCCUUUCGCCAAACAUGUGCCGUAUUCCGCGGAACAAGCUGCUGUUGAUCGUCUACAGUCGGCGAUCGAUCAUCGGAAAAACAUGCGGCUGCCCGUAUCGUUGCUGUGUGUUCCCACCCUGCUGAUGACCGUUGUUAGCUGCACAAAAGUGUCCUGGCCAGCCCUGGAAGCAUCGGAUGAGUAUUUCGCUCCGCUUAUGCAAUCAUUUUCCAAAUUUCCUUUUCACGACAUCUACGAGACGGCUCCGCUGCCUUCGGAUCUGAUGGUGCCGGGAUCACGUUUGCUCAAGAUCAAACCAGCGAUGCGCGGAGAAUGGACCCGAAAGACGGCCAAGGACUUGGACGAUGAUGACCACCACGAUGAGAGGACCUGUCGGCUGUGCGAUCUGCUGUCGACGAUUUUGGGUGGAAGUGCAAGCGAAACGCGACGGAAUGCUUCUAAGAAGCGAAUUCGGCCGGCCAAGCUUCGGAAGCUCAUGAAGCAUUGCAGGAAGAAUUAGGUUUUUAUUCAAUGUGCUGAACGAAAAUCAUCAUCAGUUUUUAUGUAUCACUAGGGUUGUCUGGUUAAGUUACGGUUUGUUAUGUUUUGUUCUGUUUGUAAAAUUAUAAAUUGUUUGAAACUCUAAGGUGCAAUAGAUUUUUAA